AUGAUCGAGGACCAACUGACUGUCAUGAACGACGCCUACUCUUCAAUGGGCUUCACCUUCAACCUCGCUGGCUCUGACUUCACCGUUCAAGAUGACUGGGCCGCAGCAUCAGCCGGAGGCGACGAAGAAAGCCAAAUGAAAGAAGCCCUCCACAUGGGCUCCUACGCCGAUCUAAACUUGUACUUCCUCUCCGAUUUGGGCGACGGGCUCUUAGGUUUUUGUUACUUCCCAACAGAAUCUCCUUCGCGACAAACGAGAGUUCUUGAUGGAUGCAUCAAUCUUGCAGCUUCGCUGCCAGGAGCUGAAGCGACGAAUUAUAAUAUGGGACUUACAGCUGUGCAUGAAGUGGGACAUUGGUUCGGCCUCUACCACGUCUUCGACGGCAACUCCUGCACCGGAAGCGGGGACUUCGUCUCUGACACUCCCGUCCAAAGUCAAGCUACAUUCGGAUGUCCCAGCAAACAAGAUAGUUGUCCAGAUCAACCCGGCGACGAUUCCAUUCACAAUUACAUGGAUUACAGCUACGAUCAAUGUUUGUACGAAUUCACUGAUGGGCAGGCACAACGGGCGCGGGCUUUAUAUGAUGAGUAUAGAGCGGGGAAUUGA